GGGCGAUCACCUGGAAAGCGCCUGCCGGACCUAGGCAGUUUGCAGGGUUGGUGUCUCCUCCCUGGUUGUGCACAGUUUUUUGCCUGUUCAGGAAAGAUGGAUGGCCUGACAGCAAUUGCCAAGAGCGGUGGUGCGCUCACUUCCCUGCAGGCGCUCGUCCGGCACCCCUGCAACAGCUCAUCCCAGCCCCUGCAGCCCUCUUUCUUGGGGAGUGGGUGUGGAUCCUUGCCAGCGGCGGCGUUGACCACUCCUGGCAGAGCGUGCGGCGCGUGUCUGGCCGGCGCCUCCUUGCCAUCCUGCACCUUGUUGUCCAGCUGUAGCUCGUCCAUCACCGGGCUGCAACUGCCGCAGGCUGCCCCUGUUCGCAGACGCGCCCUGGCAGCCCCACCGCGAUCUGGGGUGACCCGCGCAGCUGCAGCAGUGACGCAGGAGGUGGAGGAGAUGAGCCGCCAAUUUGCGUUGGACAAUGAGUCAGAUCUGCGGGUGCGCAUCGUGGGCGAGGAGGGCAGCACCUGGAAGCGCUGCGAGCUGCGCGUGUCCGGCCGCCUGGCGGGCGUGCCCCUCGUGCUGCACUGGGCCAUUACGAAGCCCGGCCGCCCGACGUGGUACCUGCCCGCGGAGGCGCAGCGGCCGGCCAACACGCGCGAGUACAAGAAGCGGGCGCUGCAGACCACGUUCAACAAGAUUGACGAUGGGGCCAUCCUUAUUAUCGACGUCGACGCCGCUCAGAAUGAUGCAAUUGAGUUCACCCUCAAAGAUGACUCCUGCAAUGCCUGGUUCAAGAACCGCGGCAGCAACUUCCGGGUGGAGGUGGGCAAGGGCGGCGCGGCGGCGCCCCCCGCGGCCAGCCCGGCCCCCGCGGCAGUGGACAUCCCCAAGGAGCUGGUGGACAUUCAGUCGUACCUGCGCUGGGAGCGUGCGGGGAAGCAGACCUACUCGUACGAGCAACAGGAGGCGGAGUACCGGGCGGCGCGCGAGGAGCUGGAGGCGCAGGUGCGCAGUGGGGCCACCCUGGAGGAGCUCAGGCAGCGCCUCAAGGGCGGGCCAGCCACCAACGGGGCAGCCAGCGGGAACGGCGCGGGCGCCUCGCAGGGAGCGGGCGGCGUGGCUGUUCCGGAGGACCUGGUGGGCAUCCAGGCGUACCUGCGCUGGGAGCGGGGCGGCAAGAAGAACUACUCCCCCGAGGAGCAACAGCGCGAGUACGAGGCGGCGCGCGCGGAGCUGCAGGCGGCGGUGGCGGGGGGCGCCAGCGUGGCGUCGCUUCGUGCUCAGCUGCAGGCCCCCAAGAAGGAGGCGCAGGCCGCCGCCGCGCAGAAGCCGCAGAGCCGCGUGCACAUCGAGCGCAAGCAGUGGGACCCCGCGCAGCUCAUCAACGCCCACACUGCGACUGCACACAGCCCCGGGACGGCUCCCCCCGCGCCUGCGCCCAAGGAGCCGACCCCGCUGGAGCUGGCCGCCGACGUGGUGAUGGGCGCGGACGGGGCGACGGUGGUGAGCCGGCAAGUGAUCCCAGUGGACGGCGGCGCGGUGCUGGUGCUGGUGACGGAGGAGGGGGGCGAGGUGACGGUGCACGUGGCCACCGACCUGCGCGAGCCGCUGGCGCUGCACUGGGCCGUGUCGCGCAAGGGGCAGGAAUGGGGCAAGCCGCCGAGCAGCGUGGUCCCCGAGGGGUCGGCCGAGGUGGGCGGCAGCGUGGAGACGCCGCUGGCGCGCGGCUGGGGCGGCCAGGACAGCGUGCAGGCCGCGCACGUGGCGCUGGGCCGGGACGCGGGCGGCUUUGCCGCGCUGCCGUUUGUGCUGCACGCCGCGGCGGGCUGGUGGCUCAAGAACGGGGGCAAAGACUUCGUGGCCCCGCUCAAGAAGGCGCCCCCGCCGCCCCCAGCUGCGGACGUGGACGCGUCCAAGAUGGCCAAGUGGCUCGUGGACGAGAUUGCGGACUGCGAGAGGGAGGCCGAGAAGUCGUUCAUGCACAGGUUCAAUCUCGCAGCCGGCUUUGCGGAGAAGGCGCGCGACGCGGGCUCUCUGGGCCUGGCGGCCGUCUUUGUGUGGCUGCGCUACUGCCAGACGCGCCAGCUCAACUGGAACGUCAACUACAACGUCAAGCCCAGGGAGAUCAGCGCUGCGCAGAACAGGCUGACGGACGUGCUGGAGGGGCUGUAUGCGACGCUGCCGGGCGAGCGCGAGCUGGUGCGCCUGGCGCUGAGCGCGAUCGGGCGCGGCGGGGAGGGUGACGUGGGGCAGCGCAUCCGCGACGAGAUCCUGGUGGUGCAGCAGAACAACAACGCCAAGGGCGGCAUGCUCGAGGAGUGGCACCAGAAGCUGCACAACAACACCUCGCCCGACGACGUCGUCAUCUGCCAGGCGCUGCUCGACUACCUGGCCGCAGACCUGGACCUGGGCGCGUACUGGGCGCGCCUGGAGGCGGAGGGCGUGUCGCGCGAGCGGCUGGCCAGCUACGACCGUCCGAUCGUGUCGGAGCCGCGGCUGAAGCCCGAGCAGAAGGAGGGCCUCAUCCGCGACCUGGGCGCGUACCUCAAGACGCUCAAGGCCGUGCACUCCGGGGCCGACCUCGAGUCCGCCGCCGCCGCCGUGCUGGGCUACAAGCUGGACGCCAUGCGGGGCGGCCAGCAUGGCGACAUCCACGUGGAACCCGUGCCGGGCCUGGCACCCGAGCUGCCGGACCUGCUGGACUUCGUGCUGGAGCACAUCAACGACGCGGAGCCGCUGCCGCUACUGCUGGGCCUGGUGGAGGCGCGGCGCGAGCUGCGGCCGGCGCUGCAGGCGGGCGGCGACCGGCUCAAGGACUGCGUCUACCUGGACCUCGCGCUCGACUCGGCGGUGCGCACCACGGUGGAGCGCAGCCUGGCGGCGGUGGCGGCCGCGCCGGCGGCGGACCAAAUGGGCCUGGCCGCGCUGGUGGUGGAGAACCUGUGCCUCUCGCUGGACGACAACGAGGAGCUCGUCUUCUGCCUCAAGGCCUGGAUGGCGGCGGCGCCCGCCUGCCGCGCAAACGAGCCCCACUGGGCGCUGCGCGCCAAGGCCGUCAUGGACCGCACGCGCCUCGCGCUGGCCGACAUUGCCGAGCGCACCGCCGCGCUGCUGCAGCCCACCGCCACGUACAUGGGCCACCGCCUCGGGGUCGCCUCCUGGGCGGUGGACAUCUUCUCGGAGGAGGUCAUCCGCAUGGGCUCCGCCGCGGCCCUCUCGCAGCUGCUGGCCCGCCUGGACCCCGUCCUGCGCGCCGCGGCCGACCUGGGUGCGUGGCAGGUGAUCAGCCCGGUGGCGGUGGCGGGCGUGGUGCGCUGCGUGGAUUCGCUGGGCGACGUGCAGGACGUGGUGUACGACGAGGCGACCAUCCUGGUGGCGGGCCACGUCAGCGGCGAGGAGGAGAUCCCCGACGGCGCUGUCGCCGUGCUCACGCCCGACAUGCCCGACGUCCUCUCCCACGUCUCAGUGCGCGCGCGCAACGGCAAGAUCUGCUUCGCGACCUGCUUCGACGAGGGCGUGCUGGCGGAGCUGCGCGCUCUGGACGGCCGCGCGCUGCGGUUGGAGCCAGCCGCAGAGGACCUCAAGUACACCCCGAUCGAGGCCGCGGAGGUGCAGCACAGCGCCGCGGGGGGAGGCGCGGACGACGACGUCCCCUCCGGGCUGAGCAUCACCAAGAAGGCGUGGGCCGGCAAGUACGCGAUCCCAGCCGACGACUUCACGCCCGACCUGGUGGGGGCCAAGUCGCGCAACCUGGCCGACCUGCGGGGGCGGCUCCCCGACUGGAUCCACCUGCCCACGUCGGUGGCCAUCCCCUUUGGCACGUUCGACCAGGUCCUGGCGGCGCCGCAGAACCGCGCCGUGGCCGCAGAGGUGAAGGCGUUGCAGGCGGCGCUGAAGGCGGGCCAGCACGAGAAGCUGGCGGAGCUGCGCAGCGCCGUGCUGGAGCUGGCGGCGCCCGAGGCCCUGGUGACGGAGCUGCGGGCCGCGUUCCAGGGCGCGGGCCUGCCGUGGCCGGGGGAGCAGGGCGAGGAGCGGUGGGAGGCCGCGUGGCGCGCCAUCAAGAAGGUGUGGGCGUCCAAGUGGAAUGAGCGCGCCUUCUUCAGCUGCCGCAAGGCGCGCAUCAACCACGACGACCUGAGCAUGGCCGUGCUGUGCCAGCAAGUCAUCCGCGCCGACUACGCGUACGUCAUCCACACCACCAACCCGUCGACGGGCGAUGCGAGCGAGAUCUACGCGGAGGUGGUGCGGGGCCUGGGGGAGACCCUGGUGGGCGCGUACCCGGGGCGGGCCCUCAGCUUCGCGGCGAGCAAGAGCGACCUUGCGCCGCGGGUCCUCGGCUUCCCCAGCAAGCGGGUGGGCCUCUUCUGCCCCGACACGCUCAUCUUCCGCUCGGACUCCAACGGAGAAGACCUGGAGGGAUAUGCGGGCGCAGGGCUGUACGACAGUAUCACGAUGGAUCCAGAGCAAGAAGAAAAAGUGGAUUACUCCGUUGACAAGCUGCUGAACGACACGUCUUUCCAAAAAGAUGUCCUGACGAGAAUCGCGCAACUUGGAGAUGCUGUUGAGAAGGCGCUCAAGAGUCCUCAGGAUAUCGAGGGGGUCGUCAAAGACGGAAAGUUGUACAUGGUGCAGACACGGCCGCAGAUGUAAGGCCACUAGGGGCGAAUGUUUCUGUGCACCUUGUGCGAUGCAUAAGAGCGUGUUGCAAACCAUCUGGACAAUUGAGGAGCGAUCUGGCUGGUACCUUCACGGGUGAGGUUCGAAAAGCUUGAGCAAGGUUUAGAUUCUAAGACAUCGUCUCUGGAAAGUAGCAACCUCGAAUGCCGAUUGAACCAUGAUUGACAGUUUAUCAAUAUCGAUAUGGAUUGCUUAUGAUCAUC